AUGGCAUCGUCGGCGGCAGGCUUCCUAAGUCGAGGGAGCUCGGGAGAUAAAAAUAUGCGUGGUUUGGUGCAGUUUAUUGCAGAUUUAAGAAACGCAAGGGCGAGGGAGCUUGAGGAGAAAAGGAUCAAUAAAGAAUUAGCGAAUAUAAGGCAGAAAUUCAAAGAUGGGAGUCUCAGUGGGUACCACAAGAAGAAAUACGUCUGCAAGCUUUUGUAUAUAUAUAUUCUGGGUUGGAAUGUCGAUUUCGGCCAUCUUGAGGCCGUCAACCUCAUCUCUGCGACCAAGUAUUCGGAGAAGCAGAUCGGAUAUCUUGCGAUGACCCUUUUCCUCCACGAGCAACACGAGCUGUUGCAUUUGGUAGUAAACAGCAUAAGGAAGGACUUGACAGAUCAUAAUGAAUUGUACAAUUGCUUGGCUCUGCAUGCCAUCGCCAAUGUAGGCAGUAGGGAGAUGGGGGAGGCUCUGAGCGGUGAGGUUCACAGGUUGCUGAUUUCACCUACUUCCAAGGCGUUCGUAAAAAAGAAGGCCGCCCUCACCCUUCUGCGGCUUUACCGAAAACACAAAGACAUCGUUCAACCGCAAUGGGCCGAGCGAAUAAUUUCUCUGAUGGAUGAUGUUGAUAUGGGGGUCGCUCUGUCCGUCACUUCUCUUGUGAUGGCCCUUGCACAAGACAAUCCCGAACAAUACAAGGGAAGCUAUGUGAAAGCAGCUUCGCGGAUGAAGAAGAUACUAGUAGAUGGGGAAUAUGCAGCGGAUUACCUUUAUUACAAGGUGCCAUGUCCCUGGAUCCAGGUGAAGAUGUUAAGGUUGCUCCAAUACUUUCCUCCCUCAGAGGAUACGCACGUUCGAGAAUUGAUCCGGGAAUCAUUGCAGAAGAUUCUAAACCUUGCUCUAGAGAUGCCCAAGAACGUCCAGCAGAAUAAUGCACAAAAUGCUGUUCUAUUUGAGGCUAUUAACCUUAUAAUCCAUUUAGAUACCGAGCAGGCCCUGAUGAAGCAAAUAUCGACGAGAUUGGGGAAGUUCAUCCAAUCCAGAGAGACUAAUGUACGAUAUCUCGGACUGGAAGCCAUGACGCAUCUGGCUGCCAGAGCUGAAACGCUAGAUCCUAUCAAACAACAUCAAUCAAUUAUUAUUGGCUCCUUAAAAGACAGAGAUAUCAGUGUGCGGCGGAAGGGUCUUGAUCUGCUCUACAGCAUGUGUGAUCAGAGCAAUGCGCAACCAAUAGUUGGAGAACUCCUGCAUUAUCUUCAGAACGCCGACUUCGCCAUCCGAGAGGAGAUGGUGCUGAAAAUUGCCAUCUUGACAGAGAAAUAUGCUACUGAUAUUCAGUGGUAUGUGGAUAUAUCUCUGCGACUCAUUGCCAUGGCGGGAGACCAUGUCAGUGAUGAAGUAUGGCACCGAGUUAUUCAGAUCGUCACAAACAAUGAAGAGCUCCAGGUGUAUGCUGCGCAAAAUAUCCUACAGUAUGUCAAGGCGGAUCACUGUCAUGAGACUCUGGUGAAGAUUGGCGGUUACAUUCUCGGUGAAUUUGGCCAUCUAAUAGCAGAAGACAAGGGCUGCAGUCCUAUUGAGCAAUUUCUCGCUUUGCAGGGCAAACUUCAAGGCUGUUCGUCGAGUACGAGAGCCAUCAUCCUCUCAUCUUUUAUUAAAUUCGUCAAUCUCUUCCCCGAAAUCAAGCCUCGUCUCAUGUACGUCUUCCAAGCCUACAGUCAUACUCUGGAUUCAGAACUUCAACAAAGAGCCUGCGAGUACCUUGCACUUGCAAGUCUACCAACCGACGACCUCCUUCGGACUGUUUGCGAUGAGAUGCCUCCUUUCCCUGAACGGCAGUCCGCCCUUCUAUCCCGACUUCAUCAACAGCAUGCCCAUACCAGUGACAAACGCACAUGGGUUGUCGGAGGCAAGGAUGCGAACACGAACGAGAAAGAUUUCACUUUAACCAAGCCAGGCCUGAUGCGGACACAGAGUAUAAACGGAUCUCUACAAGUCAACGGUGGCACGAACGGCACAGCUGCAAAUGGUCACGCCAAAGGGGCGAAUGAUCUUGCUGGCUUGGACAUGAACGCUGGGCCUUCUGAGCCCAAGACUCUCAAAGGGACUCCCAACUUGGCAAGCGCGGCACAUCUGUCCCCAGACUGGGAGAUCGGUUACUAUAAACUGAUGUUGAAGGGCGAAGGUAUCCUCUACGAGGAUGGCCAGAUUCAGAUUGGUGUACGCUCUGAAUACCGGGGUCAGAUGGCAUGCGUCAUUCUUUACUUCUCGAACAAGGCGCCCACUGCCGUGAGCUCGUUUACCACAACACUAGAUCUUGAUCCUAGCGAGAAAGACAAUCUAACGUGGGAAGUAAAAUCGUUACCGGAAAGCACAAUUGGCGAGGGCUCGCAAAGCCAACAGAUGAUCAUGUUCACAGCUCAGAACGUGUUCGACAAGAGCCCGACGAUCAGAAUCAGCUACAUAGCUGGAGCGUUACAAGCACUCACUCUAAAGCUGCCAGUGACGAUCCACAAAUUUAUGGACCCCGCGGAACUAACAGCGGAUGACUACUUCAAACGGUGGAACCAGAUUGGCAGCGCUCCUCGAGAAGCACAGCGUGUCUUCGGUGUCAAGGGUAUGGAUCGGGAGCUUAAUGAGACCUUCGUACGGCGAGUAGUCGAGGGCUUCAGAUGGGGCGUCCUUGAUGGUGUUGAUCGAAACCAGAAGAACUUCGUUGGCGCAAGCGUACUCCAUAUAGGUGAUGGUAGGAAAUUCGGGUGUUUACUGAGGCUGGAGCCGAAUUACGCAAAACAGAUGAUCCGUCUCACAAUCCGGGCAACAGACGAGAGCGUCCCUCCCGUCCUAAUUAAACUCAUGGAGGAGCGAUUAGCAACCGGUGAAUCGACGCAUCUAGAACCCAUACAACCGCCAACCCGAAGGGAAAUGUCCGAUGCAUUUGGGAAUAUUCUUGUCUCGUGA